UCUGUCUCUUCGUGUUAUAUUUGAAGAACACAAAGCUUUGAACAGACAACCGCGGAUAUUUGUUUAGAUGAACGUCCAAGUGUUUCUCGUCUAUUAAGGGAUCAGAAUUUGGAAAUUAAGAUCAUUCAGAAAUGGUGGCUACCAAGGCUAAAGUCUGCCUGGAUGCGGGUCUACCCACUGAGGAUAAUCGCACCCGCAGGAGUGCAAUGGGAGGUUUUAAGGUUUAUACGGAGAAAGAUAAGAUUAAAGCUGAUUCCAGUUGCAAGAAGCCUGUAACAAUGAAAAAGGAGCCUUCAACAGAUUGUGUGAAUCAACCAAAGGGAGGCCUGCAGCGCUCAGAGAAGAAUACAGAGAAAAUUGAAGUUUCUGGGGCCAAAAUCACGAGAAGAAGAGCGUUGGCAGAUGUGAGUAACGUCCGAGCCAACUCUUCUAGGAAAACAAUUCAAGAUGGCUCCAAGCAUAAGAUUUCAACUGGGACUAGAGCUAGCACUGCUGGCGUCAAUGUCUCAUUUAGGAAACCAUUGGGAAAAACGAAGAAUACAGGAGAAGCUGUGGGUGAAUUGCAUGCUUCAGAAAAAGGGCGUGUUAAUGAUUCAAAUGGUUGUUCCGUCUAUGAAAGAAACAAAACAGACGGUCCCUGCUGUGCCAAUACUGUAAAUACCAGGAGAAUUAAAAAGAUCUCUUUUUCGCAAACAAGGAUAUCUUUACCAGUGCUAAGGAGGAUGAACCAAGCAAAUGCUUCGAACCCAAAGGUUUUGGAUCACUAG